UCCGUCAGUAGAACAAAAUCCACCUUCUCUCAUCCUGCAUGCCCCUCCCCCUCGUUGUCUCCCCCCCUCGCCCCUCGCCCCUCCUUCCCCGCACCACACUGGCAAGCCAAUUGAAGGAGCUCAUCAUUCUCUCUUCGCCGACUCUUUGACGGUUUCCCCCUCGCUGUUCUCCUCUUCCGCCACAGUCAUCAUGAGCCGCCACGCUAAGAUGACUUUCUAUGCCACCUGUGCGGUGACAGGCCUGAUCGUUGGCCUGGUACACUGGGAUCAGAAGAAGACCCAUGAGCGAAUGAUCCAGCCGGUGAUCGAUCUCCACCGGGCCCAGGGUACCGCGGUCGGCGACGCAUAUCAUGACCCGGAGGCCGCGGCCCGCCGCCAGAAGAAUGUUGCCGAGCUGGAGGCCCAGCGCGAGCUGGAGUCUUUCCUGCGCCAGCGCGAGCAGCAAGGGACUCAGCCGGGAGGCGCGUCGGCCGCACUGGCAGCUGAGGAAGCCGCGCUGGCGGCUCGGGCGGCCGUUGCAUCAACUGUGCCGCUGCCCUCGUCACCUUCUCCUCCCGCUGAGCCCCCUGCCGCCUCCUCCUCCUCCCCCCCUUCGGCGACGGCCUAAUACGAACAUGCCAAGCAGCCUGGGCUCAUCGGAUAUAGCAGAUGGAACUGGACAUCUCUUCCACCAAGGAAUAUAUUAGACACAUUGGAAAGA